UCUUUGAAUCUCCCCAUCAACUAGCGCCAAAAUCAGAAACUUCAGAUUCAGAACGUUAUAGUUCAUAGUUCAUACUCAUAGUAGAGAUAGAGUGGAGACAGUAGGACAGAUAGACAAUGGCUAUAGCUUCAACACUUUCCCCCAAUACUCUUCAUACGUAUAACAAUACUCUUGCUUUGCGUGCCACAUGCUCUUCUGGUUUCGCCUCGAAUUCGAGCUUGUUUGGCUCUAAGCUUCGCCCAAGAUCCUUUUUCUUGUCCGCGGGGAAACCUCACGCUAAUCGUUUAUCUGAAAUCAGACCCAUCUCUGCGUCUCACGAAGCUUUUGAUGUUGUGGUAAUCGGAGCUGGAAUCAUCGGGUUGACUAUCGCCCGCCAGUUGCUGAUCGAGUCGGACCUAUCAGUUGCUGUAGUUGAUAAGGCCGUUCCUUGUUCUGGUGCAACUGGCGCAGGGCAGGGAUAUCUGUGGAUGGUAAACAAAACACCAGGAAGUGAAAAGUGGGAUCUUACACUGAGAAGCUAUAAACUGUGGAAUAUGUUGGCAGAAAGUCUACAGAAGCAAGGCUCAAAUCCUUUGGAGGAAUUAGGUUGGAAAAAGACUGGAAGCCUAUUAGUUGGCAGAACUCAUGCAGAGUCAGAUAUGCUAAAAAGGAGGGUUAAACAGCUCACUGAGGCUGGGUUGAAAGCAGAGUAUUUGUGUAGCAGUGAUUUAUUCAACAAGGAACCUGCUCUGUUGGUGGAUGAAGACAGUGGAGCUGCCUUUCUACCUGAUGACUGUCAAUUGGAUGCUCAACGUACUGUGACAUAUAUUGAGAAGGCUAACAGGCAUUUUGCAUCAAAAGGACGAUAUGCAGAGUUCUACAAUGAGCCUGUGAAAUGCUUAAUCAGAGGGGGCAGCGAUGGAGAGGUUGAAGGCGUUGAGACUAUCAAGAACACAUUGUAUGGCAAGAAGGCGAUUAUCGUUGCGACUGGCUGUUGGACUGGUUUGGUGAUGCAUGAUUUGGUUAGAAACUGGGGAAUACAGUUACAUGUUCCUAUAAUGCCAAGAAAGGGUCACUUACUUGUGCUUGAGAAUUUCAAUUCCCUACAAUUGAAUCAUGGUCUGAUGGAGGCAGGUUACGUUGACCAUCAAAUUGCAUCUUCGCCUCCUAUGGUUUCAGGGUUGGAAAGAUAUGAUCAUGGGCGAAGCUUAUCUGUUUCAAUGACAGCAACUGUCAAUGCAAUGGGGAAUAUUCUUUUAGGAAGUAGCCGUGAAUUUGCUGGGUUCAGCACUGAUUUGGAUGAGUCCAUUGUCAAUCACAUAUGGAAGCGAGCUGGAGAUUUCUUUCCCACAUUAAAAACACUUUCCCUUUCAGAUCUCAGGGCAAGUAGAAAUGUCAGAGUUGGAUUACGACCCUACAUGCCUGCUGGGAAGCCUGCGAUUGGGCCUGUGCCUGGCUUGUCUAAUGUAUACCUUGCAGCUGGGCAUGAAGGGGAAGGGCUUUCGAUGGCUUUAGGGACUGCUGAACUAGUCACUGAUAUGUUGUUGGGUCGUCCUACAAAAGUUGAUGAUGCACCUUUUUCUGUGCAUCGGUGCUGUUGAUGAAAUGCCCGAUACGAAGAAGAAUUGUUAUUCAUGCAUUUGACAAAAUCUUGGUUGUAAUUACUGGUACAGGUCUAGGAUUUUCGAAAUAAGAGGCCAUCUUGUAACUUCCAUAAAUGGCUGAUUUUCAGAGUAUGACUUCCCUUACUGAUUAGCUUUCUUUCUGUAGUCCUUCCUAUUUUCAUUGAAUUUGUUUACCCCCACCUAUA